AUGCACAGCUCGGUCACGAGACGACAUGGUCCGGCUAGUUGCGCACGUGACAGCGAGCAGCGGCGCGACAGUGGCGAGCGGUGGCGAGCGUUAGCGAGUGGCGGGCGAGGCGGGAGCGUGCAGCGACAUGCUAUAGGCCCCUGUCCUUCUUUCCCUUUCCCCCACUCCUUCUAUCCCUUCCCCCCUGUCCUUCCUCCUUUCCUCCAUGUCCUUCCCACCCUUUCCCCCUGUCAUUCUCUCCCUUUCCCCUUAGUCCUUCCCUCCCUUUCAUCGUUUUCGUUCCUCCUGAUGCUUAAUCCUCCCCCCUGUUCUUUCUUCCCUGUCCCCCUAUCCUUCCCUCCCCUUCUUCUCCCUCCCUCCUUUCCCCUCUCCCAACCCACUGCUUCGCCCUGCUCUCAUCCGUCCCCUUGCCCCCAUUCGUCCCUUUUCCCCCACUACCGUCGCUGCUUUUCCUGCUCAUUUCCCCCUUUCCUGAACCCUUCCUUUUCCUCUCUCACAUCCCUUCCCUUUCACGCCUCCCCAUUCCCGAACUCCCCUUGUCCGUCGGUCCCUUGGCGUCUUGCCCUUCCCUGCAGGCAGCAAAGGCGCGACGUCCCACCAUUCACCCCUCUCCCGGCCAUCCCUUUCCCCCCUCUCCUGUCCCUCCCCAUUCCCCUCAUCCGACCCUUCCCUUUCCACUAUGACCCCACGGUGGCAGGCGUGACGACAUCCAACCCUCUGCUCCACCGCUCCCAACUCCACUGCUUCCCUUCACCCACCCCGCUGCUUCCCUUCACCCACCCAACUACUUCCCUUCACCCACCCCAUCACUUUGUGUCGUCGCGCACCCCACUGUUUCUGCCAACCCUCCAUUCAAUUUCCCCAUCAAACAUUUUUCACUUCUUCGGCUGGUGUCCUUCCCUACCCCCCUCCCCCCCUGCUAUCGGUGGACAGCUGCAUCAAUAA